GUGCCUCGCGAACAACCAAGCUCCAGCUUCCGGUGGCGCGUGGUUUCCGGCUCGGAUCGGAACCUGGAGCCCGGAUUCGAUCCGGGUGUGAACAUUCCAAAAGCAGGUCUUCAAAAUGGCAGAGGAUGGCAGCAAGGAGGCCGUGCUUAUCUGGUGUGAAGAUUGCAAUCAGCAUCAUGAUUCCGAAUGUCCAGAACUGGGCCCAGUGGUGAUGGUCAAAGACUCCUUUGUGCUAAGUCGGGCAAGAUCAUCCCUUCCCUCCAACCUGGAGAUCAGGCAAGUUGAAGAUGGGAUUGAAGGCAUUUUUGCAGUAACACAGCUGGUGAAGCGUACCCAGUUUGGUCCCUUUGAAUCAAAGAGAGUUACCAAACUGGAAAAGGAGCCAGCAUUUCCAUUAAAGGUUUUUCAGAAGGAUGGACCUCUAGUGUAUUUUGAUACAUCUAAUGAAGAUGAUUGCAACUGGAUGAUGAUGGUGAGGCCAGCCAACCAAUACGAACACCAGAACCUGUCUGCCUUCCAGCAUGAUAAUGACAUUUACUUCACUACAUCCCGGGACAUCCCACCAGGCACGGAGUUACGAGUGUGGUACGCUGCUUUCUACGCCAAAAAAAUGGAAAAGCCCGUUCUAAAGCAAGUUUCUAGCAUUGCCAAUGAUGUUUGUUUAGUAGUGAUGGAAUGUGACCAAGAAGAAAACAAAACUACUUCGAAGCCUCCCUGUUCCAGUGGCACUUAUUCUCUCAAAAAAUUAAAAUUCCCCCGUUCUAAACUUUCAGAGCAUCGCCGGAGUCACUUGGAGCAAGCCAAAGGAGCUCCACAGAGCAACCAAAAAGAUGCAGUUGCUGAAAAGGUUAUGGAGGCCCCCCCAGCAGACCAGCCUGUAGCCCAUGAAAGUGCCAACACCGCAGUGGAAGGGAAAAGAAAACCACGAAGGGGCAGGAAGCCCAAAGUGGCAAGACCAGAAACGCCCAUUGUGAUUGUGGACAAUAAAGACUCUUCUGAGGAACAUGUUGCUGAAAUUAUAACGGAGAUUCCACCUGAUGACGUAGCUCUUCCUCCUACAGAAGAAGCAAGGUUUAUGGAGGUGGUGUUAGCGAAGAUACCCAGUACUGCAAACAGUAGGAAUUCUGUAGCGAAGUUUUCGCACCAUCAAAGUUCCAUGUCCCUCAAGAGGAGCUUGCUCCUCUCCAGCCGACAUGGGAUGCGGCGCAAGAUGAUCAAGCAACUUGGGGAACACAAGCGCAUCUAUCAGUGUAACAUCUGCAGCAAGAUGUUCCAGAACAGCAGCAAUCUCAGCAGGCACAUCCGCUCUCAUGGUGACAAAUUGUUUAAGUGUGAAGAAUGUGCCAAGCUUUUCAGUCGAAAAGAGAGUUUGAAGCAGCAUGUUUCAUACAAGCACAGUAGGAAUGAGGUUGACAAUGAAUACAGGUACAAGUGUGCUACAUGUGAAAAAGCUUUUCGGAUAGAGAGUGCGUUAGAAUUCCACAACUGCAGAACAGACGACAAGACCUUUCAGUGUGAGAUGUGCUUCAGGUUUUUUUCCACAAACAGCAACCUCUCAAAACACAAAAAGAAACACGGGGACAAGAAAUUUGCUUGCGAGAUCUGCAACAAGUUGUUCUACCGGAAGGAUGUCAUGUUAGAUCACCAGAGGAGGCACCUGGAAGGAGUGAGGCGUGUGAAAAGAGAGGACUUUGAGCACAGCACAGAGAACAUGGUUCGCUACAAGAAAGAACCUUCUGGGUGCCCUGUUUGUGGAAAGAUAUUUUCAUGUAGGAGCAAUAUGAACAAGCACCUCCUGACCCAUGGAGAUAAGAAAUACACCUGUGAGAUUUGUGGCCGCAAAUUCUUCAGAGUAGAUGUGCUCAGAGAUCAUAUUCAUGUUCAUUUUAAGGACAUAGCAAUCAUGGAUGACCACCAGAGAGAAGAGUUCAUUGGCAAAAUCGGAAUAUCUUCCGAGGAGAACGAUGAAAACUCGGAUGGAAGUGUGGAUUCUGAGCCUCACAAGUAUAGCUGCAAAAGGUGCCAGUUGACGUUUGGCCGAGGAAAAGAGUACCUGAAACACAUUAUGGAAGUUCACAAGGAGAAAGGCUAUGGCUGUAGCAUCUGCAACAGACGCUUUGCCUUAAAGGCAACUUACCAUGCGCACAUGGUCAUUCAUCGGGAGAACCUGCCAGACCCCAAUGUGCAGAAAUAUAUCCAUCCAUGUGAAAUCUGUGGAAGGAUUUUUAACAGCAUAGGGAAUUUAGAACGGCAUAAACUUAUUCAUACAGGUGUGAAAAAUCAUGCCUGUGAACAGUGCGGUAAGUCAUUUGCAAGGAAGGACAUGCUGAAAGAGCACAUGAGAGUCCAUGAUAAUAUUCGAGAAUAUCUGUGCGCGGAAUGCGGCAAAGGCAUGAAAACAAAACAUGCCUUGCGGCACCACAUGAAGCUUCACAAAGGGAUAAAGGAGUAUGAAUGCAUGGAGUGUCAUCGAAAGUUUGCACAAAAAGUCAACAUGCUGAAGCACUACAAAAGGCACACAGCAGGAAUCAAAGAUUUCAUGUGUGAGCUCUGUGGGAAGACGUUUAGCGAGAGGAAUACAAUGGAGACUCAUAAGCUCAUUCACACAGUGGGAAAGCAAUGGACUUGCUCAGUGUGUGAUAAAAAGUACGUCACAGAGUACAUGCUUCAGAAGCACAUUCAGCUAACUCACGAUAAGGUAGAAGCGCAGAGUUGUCAGCUCUGUGGGACGAAGGUUUCCACCAGAGCUUCAAUGAGUCGUCACAUGAGGCGAAAACAUCCAGAGGUGCUUUCAGUUAGAAUUGAUGACUUGGAGCAGCUCUCAGAAACCACAACUGUUGAUGCUUCAUCUAUAGGAAUUGUACAGUCAGACCUAGCCCUGGAACCGGGAGAGUUACCGGAAGGCAAGCAUAUGAAGGCUCAUAAACGUGGUCAUAAACGAAAGCAUAAGCCUGAUGAAGAGGAAGAAACCCAAGUGCCUGAGGAUUCUGCCUUCAGUGAAUACACAGAAAAAGAAGUGGAAUUCACAGGGAAUGUGGGAGAUGAGACCAAUUCAGCUGUGCAAAGCAUUCAGCAGGUGGUGGUGACUCUCGGAGACCCAAAUGUCACAGCCCCUUCUAGCUCUGUUGGCCUGACCAAUAUUAGUGUUACCCCCAUCACUACACCAGCUGGAACCCAGUUUACAAACUUGCAACCUGUGGCUGUGGGCCACCUGGCCACUCCCGAGCGCCAGUUGCAGCUAGACAAUUCCAUCCUCACCGUGACGUUCGAUACAGUCACUGGUUCCGCCAUGUUGCACGGCAACCGCCAAAAUGAUAUCCAAAUACAGUCGCAGCCUGAGCCGGCAAACCCCCAGUCAGUCGCCCAUUUUAUAAACCUGACUACUCUGGUGAACUCCAUCGCUCCGUUAGGGAGCCAGAUAUCGGAACAGCACCCCUUAACCUGGAGGGCGGUGCCUCAGACGGAUGCCCUUCAAACGCAGGCUCAGCCCACGCCUCAGCAGCAGGCGGGGCAGCAACAGGUUCAAACAGAACAGCAGCAGCAGCAGAUGUACAGCUACUAACUUAUACUUGUAAGGAGACACCAAACUGUGAAGGGGCUUGUAGGAGCCCAUGGGACACAUACACCACAGAAUCAAUUGCUGGAAACCAAACAGAGGUGUAGGAAAGAGCGCAUGCAAUGAGGGCAUGCUGAUGUCUGCCC